AUGUCUUAUCUCGUUAGUUCUUACCAUGUCAACCUUUUCGAAACCCUCAACAGCGCCGAUAGUGGCUUCUUACAUCAUAGUAUCAUUAAAUAUAUCCUCAAGCUGCGUUUGUUAUCUAAAUCAUGGGCGAUAGCAAUUGGACCGUUUGGCUAUCGGUCACUUUGCCCAAUUAAUGCUUCAAUGACCAAGAAAGUAUUGCAGAGAUUUGUUAACGGUUUCAUGAUUGGCGGUUGCACUGGCUUACGUCAACUUUCAUUGGAUCGUAUUAUGUAUCAAACCGAUGGUGUCAUUGAUCCGGUCUCAAACGCUUGCCUAGAUGUAUUAGGCAUGGAUGUUGGUUCAACUUGGUUGUCAAUGCAGGAAGCAGCUCAACUUAUCACUUUAUGUGGCCGUAAUAUCACUGAUCUCAAACUUAGUUUUAAAAGCUGGAUGGGUUUCUCUAAGAAUAUGUUGGAUGCUAUUGGAGAUUCUUUAGACCUGCGGCCUGGUUCUUUGCGGAACUUGUCACAUCUUUGGCUUGCUACUUAUCCUGAAAAUCGAGCAGCUUUAACCCGCUUUUGUAAGGAUGUAGCCAUGGAUGUGAAAAUAUUUGAAUGCCUCUCACCUGAGAACCGAGAAGACAUCGCACCAAUGAUUGUUUCAUUACGGAACUCAAUUGAAAUUCUUUUCUUGGAGUGUAUCCCAGACAAUCUACCCAGUGAUUUGUGCACAAUGUACUUCCCUAAACUUACUGUCCUUUGA